GCCUGCUUGAUUUGUGCUUAUUCAACAACUUUCGCUUUUCCCCCGGCAGGAACCUGUUGGAAAUCUUUCCCAACUUCAAAUGAUUCAGUCUCUGUACAAGAGAGAACAAGCGAGUUGUACUACCUAUCGCUUUUCCCAGGCCGAACGAACUAAACGUGUGCGAUCUCUGAAACUCAGUCAAAAUGGCGAGAUUGAAUCGGUCCACAAAACGGGGAUCAAAUGUAUUGAUAUCGAUAUAGGCGAGGGAAAAUACUUGUUAUCCUCGAGUUCAAAUGGCGGAAUCGCAAUUCAUGAUACAGAGGAUUGUUUCUACCAAAACGUUUUUAAAUGUCAGACGGUCGCCAAAGUAGAGAGGACACUGAAAGACAGUCACAAACUCAGCGUAGAAACUGUUCAGUGGUACCCGAAUGACACAGGAAUGUUUUUAUCAAGUUCAGUCGAUACGACGCUUCGAGUUUGGGACACAAACGCUCUCGAAGUUGUGGAGAAUUUUCAGCUUGAAGGCAUUGUGUACCAUCACCAAAUGCCAAAGAAUGCUAGAAAACAUUGCUUAGUCGCAACAGCGUGUGAGGACUCUAGAGUUUAUCUUUGCGAUUUGAAAUCUGGUUCUGCGAUUCACAUCCUAAAGGGGCAUUCAGAAGCAGUUAUUUCUCUAGCGUGGUCACCAAGAAAUGAGUACCUUUUAGCUACAGGUAGCUGUGACAACAAGGUGCUUUUGUGGGAUGUGCGAAAGGCUGUUGGAAGUAUACUCUCACUAGAUCAGCACAAUGGCAAAGCUGGUUCCAGAUCUUCAACAAUAAACACAGCUCAUAAUGGCCAUGUGAAUGCCAUUUCCUUUUCACCGGAUGGAUUAUACUUAUUAACUUUUGGAACAGAUGAUCGGCUAAGGUUGUGGGACACAUUCACUGGAAAGAACACACUUGUUAACUUUGGUCGAGUUCACAAUCCCAGUCAGAAAUCUGUGAAGCUUUGUCUAUCCAAUGGAACUUCUAAUGAAGUGGCAUUUGUUCCUUCAGGGAACAAGAUAGAAGUGUUUGAAGUUGUUACAGGAAAGCAUGUUGCUACUUUCAGUGGUCAUUAUAACAAUGUUAAUUGUUGUGUAUUUCAUCCAUAUUUUCAAACUCUCUUUAGUGGAGCAAAUGAUACAAACAUAUUAGUUUGGCUCCCCGAGAUGAAUCGUAGUACCUGGGAUGAAAACAGUAAGGUGACAGAAGCUGAUAACAGUGUUACAGAACAACUUGGUAAUCCUUGUCAGGAUUCUUGGAGUAGUGAUGAGGAGACAACAGAAUAAGCUUAGGUAAGAAAAAGGUACUAAAAAGCCAUGUAGUGGUGAAUUUGAAAAAAGAAAAUAGAGUUACAUUUAAUAGGUUCAACUAGGUUAGAGCACAUCAAACACUAAAAUUAUUAUAAAAUAAAUGAGAUACAACAAGCACCCUAAGUGGUCAAAAACCUAUCAUUUACCGCACCAGUAAACCCAUAGAAAAUUUAAACAUUAAAAGUUUACUUUAUAAAGGCAACAGAGUUAAAAGUUUACUUUAUAAAGGCAACAGACUGCAUCAGCAUAAUAAUCCACUUGAGUUGUUCAGAGAACACUCAAGUAGUUUACAAAUCACCAGCCAGAGACAUAGAGGAUAUUACAUGGCUGCGCGGGGAUACAAAUUUUAUCUUCUCGUGCUGAAAGUAUCUCUCACGAGUGAGCUGCACGUAUCUCGCGUAUCUCUUGUAUCUCGUGAGAGAUACUUUCAGCACGAGAAGAUAAAAUUCGUAUCCCCAAGCGGCCAUGUAAUGUUCUGUUUAUUAU